AUGUCUGACUCAAUCUUUGAAAUUUUGAACUUUCGACCUUCUUUGAGUUUAAACAGAUUCUACACAGAGCUCAAAGAAGCUGGAAAGAACAUAGAAAUUGUACUAGUGUCCCGAGAUCGCGAAGCGGAUGAUUUGAAGGAGUACCUUACGGAACAUUGCGGUGGUUGGGUAGCUAUUCCAUUCGGCGAUUCUCGUAUAGUGGAAUUCCUUGCCAAAUACGAAGUACCAACGAUACCUGCAAUGAGAGUGCUAAAACCGGAUGGAUCCGUACUUGUCGCAGACGCUCGCGUUCAAGUACAGGAGAAAGGACGUGAAGAUCCUGUGAAGCUUUUCGAAGAGUGGGAAGCUAUGUUGAAGUAA